AUGUCUUUGUUAGAAAAACUCCAAGGACAGUCCAUUACCACGCAAAUAUCCAGAAUGCAGUUCAUAGUUGCUUUGUCUGUUUUGAUUGUUUGUGUUUCUGCACAACAAGAUUACAGAAGAAAAAGAUCAGGAUAUGGUGGAAGUGGUGGCGAUGGAUCUGGUCACACCGGAGGUGGAGUCUCUGGUGGAAUUGGAGGAGGAGGUUCUGGUGGACUAGGAGGAGGAUCGUCUGGUAGUUUAAGUGGUAACCUUGGAGGUGGUGUUCAUGGCGGAGUUUCUAGUGGACAUGGAGGAGGAUCGUCCGGUAGUUUAAGUGGUAACCUUGAAGGUGGUGUUGAUGGCGGAGUUUCAAGUGGACAUGGAGGAGGAUCGUCCGGCAGUUUAAGUGGUAACCUUGGAGGUGGUGUUGAUGGCGGAGUUUCUAGUGGACAUGGAGGAGAAUCGUCCGGCAGUUUAAGUGGUAACCUUGGAGGUGGUGUUGAUGGCGGAGUUUCAAGUGGACAUGGAGGAGGAUCGUCCGGCAGUUUGAGUGGUAACCUUGGAGGUGGUGUUCAUGGCGGAGUUUCUGGUGGAGGUGGAGGAAGUGUAAGUGGUGGACUAAAAGGAGGAGUUUCCGGAGGUGUAAGUGGUAAUCAAGGUGGAAGUUCACAUGGUGCUCUAGGCGGUGGUGGAGGAAGAGUUGGUGGUGGAAAAUAUGGCGGCAAAUCUGGAAAAUGGCAUUAG